UAUUUUUUUAUUUUUGCUUUCUUUCUGUUUUUAAUGCUAUGUUAAAAGGAUGCUACCCAGAGUUGCAUGGCCAAAUCAAUAAAUAAUGAAAUAAAUGUUGUCUUGAAAGGUAAGUGAUUUCCUUUCAGGUCAACAAAGCCUAACAGAGUGUUCUUGAAUAAUGGUAGAAAAAGUGGGGAAUGACUAAUUUACAGAUAAUUGUACAGCUUAGCUUGUCCUAGUCAUGGUCACACAUGAGAUGAUAGAGAGAAAGUCAUUUGACAGAUCAUGUUGGUGCCAGGGUUUAGGCAAGAGGUGAAGGGCCCAUAGACUUGAAAAUAUGUCAAGCCCUACAAACAGAAAAUGUUUUUUGAGAAUUUCUACCUCCCCAUUCUCUCUACCUCAAAAGUCACCAAUCCAGAUCAAUAUUUUAAAUCAGGCCCAGUAGAAUUAAAUGGAAGAAGUUAUUAGAAUUUUUAGGAGAUGGGGAAAAAAAUUGAAAAUCUCAACAGGAGGUUCAUUUUUGCCCUUAAUUUAUCGUUUGUCUUUUUUGGAGAGGGACUCUAAACUCUAGAAAGAGUGCAGAGAAGAGUAACAAAAAUGAUUAGGGGACUGGAAGCUAAACUGUUCAUCAACAUAUGAUGAACAGUUGCAGGAACUGGGUAUGCCUGACCUACUGAAGAGAAGGAUUAGGGGUGACAUAAUAGCAUUCUUCCAAUAUUUGAAAGGCUGUCACAAAGAAGAGGCAGGCAACCUAUUCUCCAAAGCACCAGAGAGAAAAACAAAAAGUAAUAGAGGCAAAAAUAUCAAAGGGAAAUACAAGCUAGAAGGAGAAAUUUCCUGACAGUGAGAACAAUUAACCAGUGGAAUGGGUUGCCUUCAGAAGUUGCGGGUGCUCCAACAAUGGAGUUUUUAAGAAGAGAUUGGACAGCCAUUUGGGCCAAUGUCUUCUGCUUUGGCAGAAGGUUGGACUAGAAGAUCUCCAAGGUCACUUCAAACUCUUGUUAUUUUAUAUUCUGACAGUUUUGUCUUAUGCUUUCUGGAAUGUGGUCUUUCUUUAGAAAGAUUUGCUUAUUUUUAACAUCCAUCUUUGAUUUUUGGGAUAAUCUUGCCUUUUUUUGCUUUGAUCUUUGGGACUGGGAUAAAUUCCAAUAUGCUUAUUUUCCUGGUUUCCUAAGUUUUCUCCCUCAUCAUUUUUAUUUUAAGGCAUUUUGUUGCCCUUUUGUUGCUUAGCAGCACUAAGUUCUAUUUUUGCACUUCAGUUUCUGCAUUCUAUCAUGAAUUAUUUUCUCUGUCAGGACCUUUCUGAAGAACUUUGGAUUCAUCCCAAUUUUCAUCUGAAUCCUCAGGAUCCUACAGUCUGCUGCUGUGGAAAGCUUUGCUUCCCUUUGUUUAACAUCUGAUAUACUUUAGCUGGGAAAGUUAUAAAGAGUUACUGUUACAGAGCUGGAUUGCAGGAAGUCUAGAUGAAGUUAAAAAUCAAAUGAUUGCUGGCAUAAUUGCAUAGGCUGUUUGAAUAUUAUAUUAGUAGGCUGUUUCUAGCCAAAGUGAUUGUUUUAUUUAUGUAAUUCUUUCAAAGUGGUUUGGGAAUCUCAUUUUCAGAAGAAACAAAGAGAGGGAAAGACCACAGACUUCUUGAUGGUGCCUGAUUGACAAGGUCUCAGGAGGAUUGGGUUUGAUAACCUCAUCUGAUUACAACAUCUUUGACAGCUUUAAAGGAAUUUGCAGACAGAGAAGGAGAACAGCUGCUACUUUUUUGAAGGAUUUGCUAAGCAUGCCUCCCAACUUAGAUGCCCAGACUUGAGACUUCAGAGUAUGUUUUUAGCACAUCAUGGAGCAGAUGUAUUGAAGGAGCUUCUUUUCCAAGGCUUUCAGAAGUUCUGCAAAUGUCAUUUUUUUGCAGCAUAAAUGUCUGCUUUCAGUUUCUCCAAUGCACAAGAAAAAAAAGGAUUUAUUUUCUUCAGUAUGGGAUACUGAGAUAUGGACGUUACCCUGUUUUCUAGUAUGUUGUUUUCAUCAACUAAAGCCUACAUGGAGGAUUCAGAGCCACGUUUUACCCAAUGUCCUCCAUCCAUACUAAGGAAAAAAUCUUCCAUGAAACAAGCAUUGAGAGAAAAGGAAAAAGUAGAGAGAAGAGUUCGAUUCCGGGAACCAGGAGAAAUGAUUACAAAUGCUCACAAGCAGACAAUCAGGAUCUUACCUUUGUUCCUGGGCCUUUCCUUCUGUGUCGUGAUGCUGUUAGCCGCAAGUCUAUACUACAACAGCAGGAAACAAGAUUUCAAAGUCCUGGAAGAAUUUCACUCCCACCUUGUUACAAUCCUUCUUCUGAUCAGACGUAUUGCUUUGAAAUGUUGGACUUGGUUUUUGAGGCAAUAGGCCCAUAAGGCUAGAAGCGACAGCUGGUUUAUUUUAGAUUAACAUCUGAAGAACUCUGGAGUGAGGGGAAAAUGCUUUUAGGAAAACUAAACAGGACAAAGCAUUGUCAUAUGGUAGAAUAAAAGUUUGUUUUCAGACUGCAAUUAUCAUCUAUCAGCCAUCUUGGUAGCAAUUAGAGCCCAUUGUUUUAAGAUAAUUAACAUACUGAGAAUAAUCUUGGGGAUGUGUGGGCAUUACAAACAAAAUAGCAAAGUAUUGCCAGUCAAUUUCUUUAAAAAUAAGAAUUCUCAAACUAGACAACACACAAAUAGCUUCUUUGUGACUGCUAAAUGUGGAAACAAAUGUUGAACAUCAUCUACAGAAUGAUGUAUGGACAUAAACAUGGAAAGGUGAAUAUAAUAAAACAUUUUUUCCUUGGAAUUAUCAGCUCUUCCUUCAGACCUGGAAUGUCUAAACACAGCUCAAUUUUUUGUGUUUUCUGACAACCAGAUGCCGUAUAUGAGAUGCUAUGUCCUCAACUUACCACCAUUUGGUUAGUGACUAUUUGAAAUUAUAGUGGCACUAGGGGGAAAAGUGACUUACAACUGGUCUUCACACUUACAACCAUUGCGGCGUCCCUGUUGUCACAUGAUCAAUAUUUGGGCACUUGGCAACUGGCAUGGCAGGUUGCACUGUCCCAGAGUCAUGUGAUAACCAUUUGUGACCUUCCCAGUCAGUUUCCAACAAGCAAGGUCAAUGGUGAAAGCAUUUAAUGACUGCAUGAUUCACUCAACAAGUCCAGUGAUUUGCUUAACAACUAUGGCAAAAAAGGUUGUAAAAUGGGGUGCAACUCACUUAACUACUGUCCUGCAUAGCAGUGGAAGUGUUGGGUUCGAUUGUGGUCAUAAAUCAAGGAUUACCUGUAAAACUGAACUGGGAAUUGCUUCUUCUUAUGCAGAUUAUAUUUUUGGCCAUAAGUAGACAAGGUGGUUUGUAUUUAUAAUACAUUUUAUCCAUUUUAUUGUUUUUAAUUAUCUAGUCUAUCAUUAAAUUAUGGGAAGUCAGAAGUCAGAAUAUGGAGAAUCUAAACAUUAAACUGAUAGAAAUGCUGCUAUAGCUUAAUGGUAUAUUUACAAACACUCUUUCUAAAACAAUCAUUGAACCAUUUUUUUCUAAAAGUGGUAUACUAUGUAUAUCUUAUCAUGAAUAUACUAAGUAUUCUGUAAUUUAAUACAGUGCAAAAUACUUUUUGUUUUAGAUUAUAAUAAAAAUAUGAUCCAAUGUUUCUCCACA